ACGGAGACGCGUCGCGCGCGCGACCGAAGUCAUCGGUACCGCCGCGAUCACACGGUAUCACACGGCAACGAGUCACACAACACGCGUGGCCGCGCUCUCUCGCGCUCUCUCUCUCUCGCGCGCGCGCGCGCGCGCACGCAAGAUCGCCUGCGCAAGAGGAACCAUCCAUGCGGGCUCCACGACGACGGCAACGGCAACGACGACAACAACAACAACGUAUUUCGUUGAUCGACGCGAUGACGUAGACCGCCGCGGUCGGUCCCUCUCUUCUCAAUCUCCGUCGCUGUGUCUACGAUGCGCGGUGGAUCGCAAACGGUCGCAAGCGCGCGUGCAGGCGUAUAACAGUGCGUGUUGUACGCUCUCGGUGAAAGCUCUCGGCGAUCAUUCCUCCCGGCGAUCUCGCCGCUGAUGGUGCGAGUCCGCGUCCGAUCGCUCCGCCGUUGAUGAUGGGAUCGCAGGCAGUCGUCUGACCGUCGUCAACGUCGUCGUCGUCGUCGUCGUCGAUCGUGCCUCGAGUGGAAGAGGACAGAGCGCGAAGUCUCACUCGGGUGAGACCCCUCAGGAGGUUUCAGGUCAGUCACAGGCCCAGGCGUGGAGUUCCCAGCGCGCUGCCGUUGCAGCUCGUCGCAGCUAGCAACCGGCUAGCAAGCAUCACCUGCUCUCUCCUCGGAUCUCUCUCUCUCGAUCGCCGACGCGACUCGCCCGCUCCGCCUCGUCCGCCGGUCUCUACCUGCCUGCUCCGAACUGGCAAGACGCGAUUAUGUUCUCUCGCGGACAACUCCGCCGGGCUCUACCUGUCCGCGGUGAUCAGACCGUUAUCUGAGCGACUGCACGCCGCAAAUCGGCGCACUCGUCGAUAACUGUCGUCGACUGGGAUUUCGAGAGAACCACCGCGCUCGAGAGAGACGAUCGCGAGCAUGGCUCUGGCGAAGAUCAGGAGCUUCAUCGACAACAGCCUGAAGACGGUGUCCACCCCGUUGGACCGCACGGUGAAUCUGGAGCCGGAAGUCGGCAUCAGGAUCGUGCACUCGCCCAACGACAAGACGCUCCGCGUCACGGUGCUCGGCGCCAGGCAUUUGCCGCAGAACUUUGGCUUCACCAGAGUCAACAGUUACGUCGUGAAGGUAAAACUAAUCCCCGGCAAGGAUAAGUUCGAGACCACCUCGAAGAACGAAUCUUGGCCGCAGUGGAACGAGGAGUUCAUCUUUCCGCUGCGCAAAGAGACCAAGCAGAAGUUCGGCAAGUCCAAGGUGGUCGAGGAGGAGAUCAACGGGUCGAGAUUCAUCGUCGCGACCCUCUACGCGGUCCUCGAGGACAAGCCUCUGAUAGCGACCGAGAAGAAAGACUCGGAGAAGAACUCGCCCACCAAGGGAGGAGAGCCGCCGAAGAAGGCCGGCAAGAAGAAGGAGGGCCAGAGCGGCUCGUCCGAGAACCAAGAGUCCACCAAGAACAAGCUUCUCAGCCAGUUCUUCGGCAAAGGUCCCGACAAAAUCGCGGAAUCCGCGGCCGCGGAGAGGAGAGUCUACGACAAGAGACGAACCGUCGGUGCGACGACGAUCCCGCUCGACUCGAGGAACUUUGUCACCAAACCGCCCAAGUCCAAACACACCGGCGAUGUGUCGACGGGAGAUCUGUGGAAGCCGUUGCGACCGAUCGCGAGCGGUAUCAUCGGUGCCGACGAGAAGGAGAGCAAGAAGGGCCAAGUCGAGGUGUCGCUGUGUCUGGCAAAGGGCGAGAAGGAUGAGGACAGCGACGGGCAGCUAAUACUGUCUCUGAAUCGUCUGAAAUGUUCGCUUCAGACGAUGCACGAGCACGAAGGCCUGAAGGGGCAGAUGUAUCUGAAGAUGUCGGUCGUCGACGGUGGACGAGUCACACACUUUUGGAAGAGCGACCGAUUCGCGCCGACGGUGUCCACAAAAUUCUCGCCGGAGACGGCGAGAGUGGUCGCCGAUAAUCCGUAUAAGGGUGCGCUCAACGACGUGAGCUUCGUUGUGAAGUUCGUCUCGAAGAAUAAGAUGGGCAAAAAGACUCCCGUGGGUCACUUUGUAAUCGGACCCGACGUCGGCGGGACUUACGGCGAGCAGUGGAGGCAGGCCUUAGCGAAACCGGGCCAGCAGAUAACCAAGUGGCAGGCGUUUGAGUAGAAGAAAUAAAUCGCACCGGACGCAGUCCGGUAACUCAUUCAAUACUCGCCGCAAAUACGCAGCCGUAGUGUCGUAUGACGUGCUCUUUUCCUCGAAGACUUCGCAAGAGAGGCCGAGCGGCGAAAAUGAGAACGUUACAGGCGCGCCAUAAAUAUUUAAGGUACUGAUCGAUAAAGCUAUUCCAAAGAAUAUUCCAUAGACAUGGUCGCGAACGCGACUCUCUUCCCUCCUCCUUAUCCGGAACGUCGUCGGACGUAUCGCAUAUUGCAUGCGUAUUUAUACACGUGGCGCGUUCGCAUAUAUUGUCGAUUUACGUAAGGAAAAAUUUAUCCCCCAGUGGAAUGCGCGCGCGCGCGUAAAGCCAUCCUUAAGUUUCCACCGCACGGAUUCAUGCAGGCACGAAUCCUUCGCUGAUAUUAUUGACCGUCCUUGAUUCCGCGAAGGAGCGAGACACUCGGCCGCGACUUUUAUCUCGAAUCCGAUCGAUACAACCGUCCGUAUAAAGUAAUAAAAGUUGUCGUGCCGAAACUAUGCGUUGGUGGAACAAAGGUGCAGGUAGGAUAGUGUUCACCGACGUAUAUGCUGACGAAUAUAACACAUUAUAUCUUGUAAGAAACGCAAAAGCAGAGUGAGUUUGCGCUACGUCGAAUUAGUAUUAAUUGAUAUUUUAUUACGGAAACGUGGAAACGUGAAAAUUUAUAAACAAAAUAAUUUUAGCGGAGAGACUAAUGUACGAGAAGAGGGCUGUAACGUGCUCUGUGUAACGUCGUAACGUCGUGUCUUUAAAACUUACAUAUUUAUAUUUAGUGACGAUAAGACAUAAAUUUGGCUACUUUUAUACGCACAUUAAACGCUCAUUUGUGGCACUCUGGCGAUCGUGAAACGAAGCAAGUGCAAAUUAAAUAUUCCGUAAUCGAUAUUAGAACAAGAUUCGAAUGCCAUUUCAGAUUGUGAUAAAUUGAAGUAUUUUUUCUAUUGAUUAUCGUUUGUAUGCGCACCAUCGUCUAGUAAUGCGAAAUAUUUAAUGUAAACGUUAAGGUAAGACAUUUUAAGGUAACACAUUUAUCCUCCCUCCUCUCCUCCAUGAUACAUAUCUUUAUAAUUGAAAAGCGUAAAAGUGAAAAUUAUAAAUAUAAAAAUGGGAAUUAUGUUGGUGUGUUAAAAUAAUGUUUCUAUAAUUCGAUGAAAAACAAAAAAAAAAAAAACAAAUAGCCAAGGAAAAUCUUAAACGUGAUAUUUUAAUUAAUUUGAUAUUUUUUCUAUAAAUAUAUUUUUUUCAAUGACACAACACAUGCAUCAAUAGUAUUUUAAUAAAUAUUUGUAAUUGCUGACACCAAAAAGAAGAAAAAAGAAAGAAAAAGGAAAAUACACGUACAUAAUUUCGCACAAAUGCAUGUAAAGACAUGUUUUUAUUUGCACUUCUCCAUUGUAUGAAAACAAAGAAA